UCGCGUUUCCUCACUGAGCCGUGCGGGCUUCCGUAGACAUGGCUGCCUCCAUGUGCUAACGUGAGAUUAUCCUGCAGAGACUCUGGAGCAGCGAGGAGACUCUUACCUGACAUUUACCUGACAUUUACCUGCUCCAUCACCUUCACAGUAACACCUCUGACACACACUAGGAACCCGGUGUCCGCCUGCAGAGAGACCUCACAGAUCCCCAUUAGCUUUUGCAUAGCAGCAGCUGUUCUCCCUGGUGUCCUCAUAGUUAGGGUGUUGUACCUUGAUGCUGGUGAGGACAGCUCGGCUGUUCCCCCUCAUCGUCUCCCAUCAUCUGCAUCCUUCCUGCAUUCAUUCUGCCACACAGACGUUUGGUUGGAGCUUCGGCGGUACUGCCGCUGCCAGCCGGGGACUGAGAUCCAUGGAGCCCCUAAAACCUGCUGCCGAUGUUCCCACCAGCAAACCUGCUGAACCUCCAGCAGAAGAUCUGAGCGUGACGGCCACGGACACGGCAGCUGACAACAAAGAGCAGAUGCCUGCUGUUGGACUGUUACCGGGGGAGACGGUGGUCAAGGAGGGCAAGGCGGCCAUCUUGUUUCCCAAUGCUAAUGAGGUGUUUUACAACCCAGUCCAGGAGUUUAACAGAGAUUUGACAUGUGCGGUGAUCACAGAGUAUGCCAGAGAAGUGAUGGCUCAGCGCGGCGUGAAGGUGGUGGUGCCGGGAGAGAAAGAGAGGGUGGUGGUCUCUCUGUCGGAGGACACGAAUGAGGCCGACGUUCAGACGGAGGAGAAAAAUGGAGCCGAGUCUCCGGCUGUAACUGCAGUAGUGGGGGAGAAAUGCGAGCGCGGCCUUCACGUGCUGGAGGGUCUGGCGGCGUCCGGUCUGCGCUCGGUGCGUUUCGCUCUGGAAGUCCCGGGCCUGCAGAGCGUCACCGCCAACGACUUCUCCACCAAGGCCGCGGCGCUGAUCGCCAGGAACGCCCAGUACAACAAAGUCAGCCACCUAGUCCGGCCCAGCUGCAGGGACGCCAGUAUGCUGAUGUAUGAGAUGCGAGGGAAGAAGGAGCGUUAUGAUGUAAUCGAUCUGGAUCCCUACGGGAGUCCUGCUUCUUUCUUGGACGCCGCUGUGCAGGCCGUCAGCGAGGGAGGUCUGUUGUGUAUAACAUGUACAGACAUGGCGGUGAUGGCAGGAAACAGUGGAGAGACCUGCUACAGCAAAUACGGUUCAAUCUCCAUCAAAACCAGAUACUGCCAUGAGAUGGCUCUUCGUAUCAUCCUCCACAGUCUGGACCAGAGGGCGGGGGUGUACCAGCGAUACAUCCAGCCUCUGCUGUCCGUCAGUGUCGACUUCUACAUCAGAGUCUUUGUUCGUGUCUUCACGGGACAGGCCACUGUCAAAAACUCAGCCAGUAAACAGGCUCUGGUCUACAACUGUGUCGGCUGCGGGUCUUUUCACUUACAGAGGAUGGGCCGGAGAACAAGCAACGGAAAACAUAUGAAGUAUUCUGCUGCCACCGGACCUCCAGUUGGACCAGAGUGUGAACACUGUGGACAGAGACAUCAGAUGGCCGGUCCGAUGUGGGCAGAGCCAAUCCACGACACGGCAUUUGUCCAGAAGGUUUUGUCUGCGGUGUCGGGGAACCCGUCUCGAUUUGGGACGUCCAAACGCAUCGAGGGCAUGCUCAGCAUGGUGACCGAGGAGUUGGAAGAUGUGCCUCUUUAUUACAGCGUGGACAGUCUGAGCAGCACGAUACACUGCAACACCCCCCCCCUGCUGCAGUUAAGGUCGGCUCUCCUUCACGCCGGUCACCGGGUUUCCCUCUCUCACGCCUGUAAGAACGCCCUCAAGACGGACGCUCCUCCUGCAGCCAUCUGGGACAUCAUGCGAUGCUGGGAGAAGGCCAAUCCUGUGAAGAGAGAGAAGCUGUCAGAGACGAGCCCCGCCUUCAAGAUCCUGUCCACUGAGCCCAGCUCAGAGGCGUGUUUCACUGUGAGGGAGGACGCCAACCCUCAGUCCCGUAAACGCCACCUGACCCGGUUCCAGGAGAAUCCGCAGGCCUUCUGGGGACCCAAAGCUCGCGCCAGAUCUGGCAGCGGCGGCAUUGUUACUUCCCUGCAGGACAAGAGGAAGAAGUGCCAGAACAAGAGGAAGAACCAGAUCACAGACUCUUCUGAGCUGAAAAACUUUCACUGCAAAAAGUUCAGACAGGGAGUAUGUACACAUGGAGAGAAAUGCUGCUACGCCCACGACCCGGUGCAGACGGACGAAGAGAAGAUGGAGUGACAGAUUCUGUCUCUUAACUUAGUCGUUGUUUUGUUUUUUUAAUUAAUUUUAUUUCUGGAGUUUGAAUGUGUUAGAGCAGCCUGGAUGAAGUGAGUAUGAUGACCUGCAAUCAGAGACUAUUUGGAUAGUUUAGGGACUAAAACCUAGAAACUGUUAAUACGCAGCAGAACUAGUUUUACACCAGAGCUUUUUUUUUGUUUUAGCUUCCUUUGUUAUUUCGGUCCAAUAAAGUCUCACGCUGACUUUA